AUGCCGGCCAUCGUUAGGGCGUUCACGACCCGCAAGGUCAAGAUGAGUCUUGAACUCGCGCAGGAGGCCAAGGAGAAGGCGGCUAUGCAACGAAGCAACACGACGAAGCCGAUGGGAGGCCGACCCGAUGCUCUCCGGUCUCAACCCUCUCGAUCCAACUCGAUUGCGAUGGGCAAUGCGCGUCCUCAGAUUUCCGGCCCGAUCGAGCUAAUCCACACCACUAACAUGCUCUCGUACAACGCUCCUGAUCUCCCUCGCCCAUCGACAAGCAACUCGAACCAGUCAUCUUCUAGGUCCGCUACCAACACCGAUGAUGAUUCUGACAGCAGCCCCUCAACCGCUGCAUCCUCGCCUCCUACCAGUCCCGAUGUUCCUUCCAGCGAACUCAAGCGCUCCGUGUCCCCACAGCCGAACCACCUCUCGUGCUACUUUUUGCCUCCCCAAGCUCCACCAGUCUCCAACUCAUUCGCGGGCCAAGCGCCUGCCAUCCCACGUCGUGCUCCUUCCCACACUAAGAAGGCAUCUAUCGAAUCGGUGGCCCGCCAGAGGUCCAUUUCUCAUCUUUCAAAGGAGAGCGGCAGGUCUUUGUCGUCUCGUGGCAACUAUUCAUUUUCUCGAAGCGGUUCUAGCGUCACGUCCUUCUCAGGAAUCUCGCGCGAUUCUGUCCAAACCCAGUCGACCGGAUUCUCCUCCACAAUGUCGAUGGGCCCUGCCAGUCCUCCCUCUGACAAGACGCACCACGCCACGCCACAACACCCUUUCGGCCUCGAGCUCGCUCAGGUUACCGAAAUUGCAGAGGAGUUCGGCGUUGUCAACAGGCUUGGUGUUGUCGAUGAAGAGGAGCAAGAGCUCUUGUCUCGUGGUCUUUGCAAGAUCAGCGCCGAUGUGUACCUCAACGACAUUCAAAAUCUCGCCUCAUUCUUCUUCCAUGAUCGUGACGCCACUCAUGCCAGGCCCGCCCAGACUGCCUGGAUCUGA